CGCUGCUGGCAGGAGGACGAAGCGGAGAGACGCCGCCGGCUCAGGUUUCAGCUGUUGCAGUCUCUCCUGUUUCACAUCUGACCUGUAACGUCUGCCCCACAGGUUGACUGCCAGCGCAGACUGCAGCCGUCGGCCCAGGUGCCACGAUGAGGCUGGCAGGGCCCCUGCGGUUGGUGGUGCUGGUGCUGUUGUUGGGAGUCCUCUGGGUGCUGGGCAGCCUGUUCUCCGGCCAGGGCAGCACCUACAAUAAACUGCGGCAGCUGCUGAGCGGUCCCCUGGAUCAGCCGACCGCAGAGACAAAGCCGCGGAAAUACAAAUGUGGGCUACCGAUGCCGUGUCCAGAGAAACACUUCGCAUUUCGUAUCGUCAGUGGGGCCGCCAACGUGAUCGGACCCAAGUUCUGCAUGGAGGACCAAGUGUUCAUGAGCAGUGUGAAGAACAACGUCGGCCGUGGACUCAACAUCGCGCUCGUGAACGGAGUCACUGGAGAGCUGAUGGAUGCCAAAUACUUCGACAUGUGGGCUGGAGAUACGGGAAUUACGGAGUUGUUGAAGUUCCUGCGGCCAAUCUAUGAGGGGACACUGGUGUUCGUGGCUUCCUACGACGACCCAGCCACAAAGAUGAACGACGAAGCAAAGCGGAUAUUCAGCGAGCUGGGCAGCAAGGCCAUUCACACGCUGGGCUUCCGCGACAGCUGGGUGUUCGUCGGGGCCAAAGGCAUCGAUAACAAGAGUCCCUUCGAGCAGCACGUGAAGAACGACAAGAGCACCAACAAGUACGAGGGGUGGCCGGAGGCCGUCGAGAUCGAGGGCUGUAUCCCCCACAAGCAGGUGUGAGUCAGACACCAGGCCCCCUCCACCCCACUGGAAACGCGGGCGGAGGGACCGUGGCUCGCGGUGCAGCUGAUCUGACUCCACAGGAGCCCAGUCCAGGGCCGUCUCAGACGCCCGCUCCCACCCUCACGGAAUGAACCCCUUGCCCUGCCUUGUUUCCUUCAUUCCUUCCUGGGGCAGAUCCCUCAGUUUCCCUUCCUCCACCACCCUUAUCUCAUCUGGCUCCCAACCCCCUCGUCGGGCCCUCUCCACCCACUCAUCCCCCAUGCUCUCCCUCCCCUUCCUCGACCUUGCCGUCCCUCACCCUUCCCUGACCCCCCCUCACAUUCCCCUCCUCCUCCUCCUCCCUCCUUCCUGAGUCGCCUCCCUCACUUGCCAACUUGGAUGGCGAAGGGACCGUAACAGUGAUACUGACUGUCCGCCAGGGGCCACAGCCUCCCGCCCAACCCCGACUCUCCCCAGAGCCGCCCUGGGUGGGUUGCUGGCUCUGACACCCCCUCCCCUGGGCUCCCCACCCCUCCCACAUCUCCCACCUCUCUCCACAACGAGCUGCUACAUUCCCAGGAAGAGGAUUGACCCCCACCCCCCACCCGGCUCAGUCACCGGUCUUAUUGGGCUGGGGUGGGGAGUGAAGCUACCCCUUCCCCAAGGACUGGGAGCCAAUUUCAUUUUUGCUCACUUCAUAUUCUCUCAUUUCUAUUUAAAGAUAAUAAAUUGUUUUAUAGUUAAGCACGUUAA